ACAGACUGGGCAGGGACAUGGAGCGUCGAGGACUACGACCCCUUCUGUUACCAUUACUGUGAUGGCACGUGUCCUCAGUGCUCAAAGGAAGACCGCAUUAGGUACACUGGUCCAGAGUACUGUGGGAUAAUUAGCGAUAAGAAGGGACCUUUCUCUGGGUGUCAUGGUAGCGUAGGUGUAGAAGAGCAUGUGGCAGACUGUUUGUAUGAUGUCUGCGUCAAUGAAGGACGGCUGGGAGUACUGUGUGAAGCCCUGAGCAACUACCUGGCAGAGUGCCAGGAAGCUGGAGCAUCAGUGUUGCCAUGGAGGGAACAGUCCAAUUGUUCUAUACCAUGUCCACCCCACAGCUCCUACAAGAUGUGUGGCUCAGCCUGUCCUCCCACCUGUGGUCCUCAGCCGGAGGUGUGCACUAAGAACUGUGUGGAAGGCUGUUUCUGUGACCCAGGAUAUGUGCAAAGUGGAAAACAGUGUGUUAUCAGGGAGAAGGGUUGUGGCUGUAACCAUGACGACCGGUACUACCUGCCAGGUGAAAAAUUCUGGGGCGACUCACAGUGUAAUACAAAGUGUGUGUGUGACGGAGCGACACAACAGGUAAAAUGUGAGCGGACUGGGUGUCGAACCGGAGAGAUAUGCAGUGUUGUGGACGGAGUCCAAGACUGUUACCCCGUCGAAUUUAAGAAGUGCACUGCACGUGGAGAUCCACACUUCAGGUCCUUUGAUGGACGCAAGUUCGACUUCCAGGGCAACUGUGUCUACAAUCUGGCCAGUGUGCGUGGAAAACAUACAGGUCUGGAACACUUUGAGGUGAGCCUGGAGAAUAACAACCGUGGCAACAAAAGAGUGUCGUAUGCUAAAGUGGUGACUGUUAAACUCUAUGGGAACACAUACACACUUUCAGUGGGCUACAGCGGCAAAGUACUGGUGGAUGGGCUUGAAAACUCCCUACCAUACUCCAAUUCAUCCAAUCAAUCAUUGGUCCAGGUUUAUCGUCGACACAGACUGGGAGUCAUUGAGACAAAGUUUUUAAAGGUCUCCUUUGAUUACGUCAGUGCAGUGAUGGUUGAGCUGGCGACUAGUUAUGAAAAUGUGACCAGCGGUCUUUGUGGAAACUUCAAUGGUGACCCUGCUGAUGACCUGAUGUUGCCCAAUGGGAAGCUAGCAUCCAACCCCAACGAGUUUGGAGUGAGCCAUUGGUUGGCGGAUGUGGAGGGCUGCUCCCGUGACUGUAAAGACUGUGCUAAGCCCCUCCCCCCUGACUUCAAACCCCCCGGCUACACAUCUGUCUGUGAUGUCAUAACAUCAAAGAAAGGACCCCUGGCUGACUGUGUCGACCGAAUAGACUCCAAGCAGUACCGCGACGACUGUAUCUACGACAUGGUGCUUAAUGAAGGAAAACAACAAGCGGCCUGUGACAUCAUCAGUGACUAUGUGGAAGAGUGUCAGAGGGAAGGAGGCUGUGUGAAGUCAUGGAGGACAAGGCGUUUCUGCUGGAUGAAGUGUGCAUCUUACAGUACGUACAGUGUGACAGCUCCUGGAUGUCAACCCACCUGCACCUCUCCAUCGACACCUGUCGAGUGUAAAAACCUGCCCAGUGAGGGCUGUGUGUGUAACCCUGGUUACCUGCAGAGUCAGGAUCGCUGUGUGCCUCUGGCUGAGUGCGGCUGCCAAUUCAACGGUCAGUACAUCGUGUCUGGGCAGAAGUUCUACGCUGACUCUGACUGCCAGCGCUUCUGUGUGUGUCGUGGAGGGAAUGUGAAAUGUAAGAACAAACCCUGCAACAAGAAUAAAAGCUGUGAAGUGCGAGAGGGAGUGAGGGGUUGUUACGCCGGCAAAAACCAACAUGGGAAGAAGGGAUAG